AUGACUUCACUGUGGUUCACGGACUGGGCACCCAACACGGGAAUGCAGAUGCGCUCUCCUGUAGACCUUGCAGCACCGAAGGCUGUCACUACUGCGACAAGAGGGAGUUGUGAGAGAGCUUACAUUAUCUCCUGCCGGCCUCAGGCUCUGUCUCACUACCGCGACUGCAGUUCACGCACGCUGCUGACCUUCCACAGUUUGUUGCAAUUAGCCACACCCACCAACAACACCUAUAUUAGCAUAACAGUUGGCUCUGUUGCGGCCAAGGUUUCCCCUUCAGCUCAUUGCCAUGCCUAUGACAAUGCUUCUGGAAAGAGACAGCUGGGCACGGAAGGGACGGUGGAGAGCUUUGUCUUCCCAGUGAGCGGCCUGGAAACAGUGGUGGGACUGUACGGCCAAACGCUGGAGAUUCCAUGUAACAAAGAAGCCAUGAACGCGGAAGACGUGGUGAUCACCAAGUGGAAAUAUGACAAAGGAGAUGGCCUCUCAGGAGACCUGCUGGUCAAACAGAAAAACAAAGACGUCUCCAUUAGUGCUACUGAUGAAUACAAGAGCCGCAUCAGUUUGGCGACCAACUCCAGCCUGAUACUGUCUGCCCCCAAGCUGAGUGACCAACGCACUUUCACCUGCAUGGUGGUGGGCAGUUCAGACAUCAGCGAGUAUCCAGUCAACGUCGUCAUCUACAAGGCACCUGCAGGUGUGGAGGUUUCUGACAAGGCGCAGGAGCUGGAGAUUGGCAAAUUUACAAAGCUGGCCACAUGUGUCGCUAAAGAUACCAAUCCGGCAGUCAACAUCACAUGGAUGAGGAACAAUAAACCUCUGGUGGACAGCGGGAAAGGUGUUUCCAUCCGAGCCUCAGUGCAGGUGGACCCCGUGAGCGGCCUGUCGAGCACCUCCUCCACGUUGGAGUACUCAGCCACGAAGGAUGACACCGAUGCCCAGUUCUCCUGCAGCGCUCAGCAUAACUUGGGCAUACAGCUGGAGUCAUCUGCACUCACCUUCACCGUCACAUACUCCACGGAGAACAUUGUGCUGCAGGUACUUGCCCCAGAACCUCUGGUGGAAGGGGAAAACGUGACCCUCAAGUGCGUAGCGGACGGCAAUCCGGCACCAACCAGCUUCAACUUCCACCUGAAGGGUGAAGUGGUUCCUGUGAAAAACACUGAUAGAUACACCCUCACUGCUGUCUCGCGUGAUAUCACCGGUGAAUACAGAUGUUCCCUAAUUGACAACCCAGCCAUGAUGGCAUCCAAGAACAUCACAGUCAAUUACUUAGACAUCAAUUUAAACCCCUCUGGGAAGAUCAUCAAGACAGCCGGGGAGGCCUUGGAGCUAUCUUUCCAGAUCGACUCUUCGGGGGAAUCAAAAGUCUCCUGGACCAAGGACAAUGUCAAGAUGGACAAAGAGCCCACGUUUAACAAGCUGCAGUACUCGGAUUCUGGCCACUAUGAGAGUGAAGUGAAGAUGGGUGCACUUACCGAGAAAGCUUCUUUUGACUUGAUUGUUGAAGGCGCUCCAGUGAUCAAACAGCUGUCCAAACAACGUAGUGAAGAUGGUCAACAUAAAGUCUUGAUUUGUGAGGCCGAGGGCUCCCCAAAGCCAUCUGUUUCUUGGAGCAUCAAUGGCACCUCGCUUGAUGAAAGUCCCUUCAUCAACGGCAAGGUCACACACAAAAUCACAAUUGUGCCCACUGUCAACCUGACCGUCUCAUGCACCGUGUCCAAUGAGUUUGGUGUGGACACGCGAGACAUCAUUGUGUCCUCUCUAUUUGAGGAGGUGAGAGUGGAUAAACGAGACCAAUCGGAGGACGUCGAUCAAACCAAAUUGGUGGUCGGAGUGGUGGUCGGCCUUCUUAUCGCCGCCAUGGUCAUUGGGUUGGCCUAUGGAAUUUACCAGAAAAAAUCCAAGCAAGGCAGCUGGAAGACAGGCGAGAAGGAGAAUGGUUCCUCCGAGGAAGAGAGAAAGCUGGAGGAGAAGGUGGAGGAGAAUAGCCAAAAAGCUGAAGUGUAA